AUGGUACGUCAGUUCCGCGACGGGGUAAUGGUGCGCGUCACGGACAAUGGGACAAUCUCCGAAGCAUUCGCAGUGACUAACGGAGUGAAGCGGGACUGCGUACUCGCUCCCACCCUCUUCAGUCACAUGUUCUCUGCCAUGCUAAGGGACGCCUGCUGUUAUGGACAACCCGAGACAAACAUCGCCUACACGACUAGAGGGCAUCUCCUCAACAGCCGGCGCAUGAAGGCCUCAACGCGUGCAUUUACGACUACAGCCAAUGACCUGCUGCUUGCGGACUGUGCGCUUUGCACUGCGACGGAGGAGGGAAAGCAAAGGACCUCUUCGCCAUCGGCUGCAUAA